UUAGUUGCAGGGGGAGGGAAAGAGAGCAGCGAAGCAGGAAAUCCGUGGCGUGGACACACAGACAGACGGAGCGGCGUUGCCCGCGAGGAGGACUGGAGACGGGUCUCCAAAGCCUUUCCCCGUUCCCGGUCCUCCGCGUUUAGGGAGCGUGGGGGGUCGGGUGUGCCUUGGAGCGGAUUGGCGCCCUUCUCCUUUGUCGCCACCCCGGGCGUGUAGAUGAUCGGAAGGCAAAGCAAGGUGCUUCAACGAACAGGGAAGAGGAAGGGGUCCCGCUGUGUCCGAGGGGCAUCGCCAGGGCGUAGGACGAAGUAUGUCUGUUUUAUUACAUAGCCCGCUCUGUUGCGUUUAUACUCGCAACGUGGAAGCCCCGCUUUGAAUUCAAUGGGAUUCCCAGGAACUCAAGGUGGCAUAUGUGGUGCCCCACUCCUCAUUUAAUCCCCACAACAACCCUGUGAGGAGAGGAUGUGCAGCCAGGAAUAAAAUUGGAGGACCAGAAGGCAACUUGGGCAAGUUGCAGGGGAGAAAAUGGAGGAAAGUGGAAGAGAUUCUACCAUUGGUCAGGUUGGGAGGUUUCUGUCUGAUGUCGGCCCCCAACAAGUUAAAGGGGAACCAGAUGAAGAUUUGCACCAUCACUGGGAUUCCCAGUGGCAGAGAGUCCAGGAGGGAUCUCGCUCAGAAAGAGACAAAUCCCAGCUGCCUGGAUCUGUAGAUCGGGAAGACACUGCAUUAUUUUCAGCAUCAUCAAAAGCCAUUGCUGAUGCCAACCAGGGGCCUAGAGGCAAGCCAGUGAUGCAACCCCUGUCGUGCCUCCAUGGAAAAGCCCUUGAAAAUCUGGAUUCUUCGAUGAGCGUUGGAGAAGCGAUUACGGAGAAGGGUGUUCUCAGCUUGGAGACGCAACGCCAGCGCUUCAGGCUCUUCUCCUACCAGGAGGCUCUGGGACCCCGAGGGGUGUUCAGGCAGCUCCAGGAGCGUUGCUGUCAGUGGCUGAAGCCAGAGAGUCAUUCGAAGGAGCAGAUCCUGGAGCUGUUGAUUCUGGAGCAGUUCCUGGCCAUCCUGCCACUGGAAAUGCGGCGCUGGGUUAAGGGGGACGACCCUGAGACCUGCGCCAAGGCGGUGGCCCUAGCGGAGGAUUUCUUGCUUUGGAAGGAGGCCGCAGAAAUGCAGGAGCAUCCGAAUUAUGGUCCAUUUCAGACGUUGGAGCCAUUUGAGAAGGUGAUCGGCUCCCCCAAAGCUACUUCAAAUACUAUGAAGGUGCCACCCUACACGGAGGUGGAGCAGAAGAGUGAUGGGGAGACUCACGUGCUGCAAGGUGAUGGACAAAUGACUGAGAAUGAGAAGAAGCCUCUUGGGCCAGGAGCAUCUAAGCAGAUGGAACUUGCUAGUAAUUCAUCCCACAAAGCCAAGUGUGAUCUCUCCCAGUUUCCUCAAAUGGAAAACAUGCCUAAAAGCCAGCAGAAGGCAGACAGGGAUGAAGGAAGCCACCCAGGACAGAGAGAAGAAGAAAACGUAAUUUGGGAGAAAAGCAGUGACAGAAUCCUAAACCAUAGCAUCUUCCAGGGGAGAGCACAAAAAGAUAAGAGUAUCAGGAUGAGCUUGAGCUGUGCUAAAAGCUUUGGCCAAACCCUUGACCUUCUGAAAACGCAAACUGAAAGAAAGCCACACCAACAUACAGAUGGUGGGAAGAGUUGGACAUCAGCCCUUCGGCAGGAGAACAUCCAAAUGGGAGAGGAGUCAUAUAUAGAUUGUGGGACCAGCUUGGAUCAGAAAACACACCUAAGUAAUCCUCAGAGAAUCCCUGCAGGAGAAAAACCAUAUAAGUGCUCUGAAUGUGGACACAACUUCAGCCAGAGCUCUGAUCUUACUGGAGACAGUCUUUAUAUAUGUUCCAACUGUGGUAAAAGCUUUAUUUCCAGCUCAGCCCUUGAAAAACAAGAGGGAGCACCCACUGGGGAGAAACCAUCUCAGAAAUGCUCAGAAAGUGGGAAAGGUUCUCCACAGCCCUCUGAUCCUCAAAUGGGAGAGAAACCAUAUAUGUGUACCGACUGUGGGAAAAGCUUCAGCUUUAGGUCAAGCCUUGUCCGUCAUCAGAGACUUCACACUGGAGAGAAACCGUACAAAUGUUUAGACUGUGGAAAGAAUUUCAGUCAGAGUUCAAACCUUCUUAAUCAUCAGAGAAUCCACACAGGAGAGAAACCGUAUAGCUGCUCAGACUGUGGGAAAUCAUUCAGUAACAGUUCAAGCCUUACGUCGCAUGAGAGAACCCACAGAGGAGAGAAACCUUAUAAGUGUUCCAGCUGUGGGAAGAACUUCAGUUGUAACUCAGUCCUUAGAAUCCAUGAAAGAAUUCACACAGGUGAGAAGCCAUAUGAAUGCAUGGACUGUGGGAAAAGCUUUAGCCGCAGAGAAUUCCUCAUUGGCCACCAGAGAACUCACACAGGGGAGAAACCAUAUGAGUGUUUGGAAUGUGGAAAAAGCUUCAGCCAGAGAUCAAACCUUAUUAAUCAUCAGAGAAGCCACACUGGAGAGAAACCGUUUGAAUGCAUAGACUGUGGCAAAAGAUUUAGCCAUAAAGCAUCCCUCCUUAAACAUGAGAAAAACCAUCUACAUGGCCCGACAGUGGACAGGGAUUCUGCUGGAGUUCAAGCUAUCUUACAUGUGGCAGAAAGCACAUAAUGGAUGAACUUUUUUAUGUGGUAAGACUGGUGGGGGGAAUCGUACAGGAGAAAAAUGAGAUUGUGAGAACUUGCUUCUUUGGUUUGAGGCCAGCUCUCUGCUCAACCUGAGAGAAUAUUUUAGAUAAAAAGAACCCGUAUCACUACUCAGACUAGGAGAGAGCAUCAAUGAUAGGCCACACUCCCUCUCAAGCUUUUUGUGUUAUUCUCAAAGUUGCCUUUCAGAUCUUCUGAGGUGUCAACACAAGGCCCAGCAUUUCCCGUUCCUUCUAUCCUACCUAAUCUCUGUGGCAUUCUGGUGUUGUGCCUUCGUGUGACCAGCAUCACACAGGUUCUGCAGAUCUUUGGCCUGAAACUUUUAGCUCAAACUGUUGUUGCUAUCACCACAAAAGGUGUUUGGUACCUAGUACGGUAUCUACAGUAACAAUUCUGCAGCCUCUUCUCAUGGAGAGCGAGGUAGCUUUCAUAAGUCCCCAGCAUAUACUCUCCUUGCCUCACCACCUGCUUCCAUGUCCAGUGCUGCUAUUGAGGAUGGGCCAUAGCUCAUUGGUAGAGCAUCUGCCCUGCAUACAGAAGGCCCCAUGGGUCAAUCCCCUGCAUCUCUAGGAAAUGGAUCUGAAACUCUGGAGUGCUGCUGCCAGUGAGCGUAGACAUUGUUGAGCAAGAUGGACCAAUGGCCUGACUCAGUUAUAGGGAGUUUCCUAUGUGCCUACAUGGUGAAUUGACCUAGUUUUACACAUCCAACCAAGACUGUGUCUCACCUUAUUUUUAUUUUUUUUCAAGCAUCCUGGACCUAGCCCUUUCCCAGUAUUUCUGCACACACACUCUACUCUUAGCCAUAGCUGGCAUAGAUGUUAAUGGCCUGAUCAAGCCACAGCACAGUUUAUUCUGGGACCUUAUCUGAGCUGCACCAUGCUCCCUCCUCUAUUUGAGUCCAGGGGAAGAUUGUGGCUGUAGAAUUUUUAUUUAAUUUUUUUAUCCAAUCAUCUCAGGGUGGUGUACACACCUGUCUUCCAUCCCUCUUCCCAUUUUAUCCUUGCAGCAAUCCUGUGGGGUAGUUUAGGCUGAGAAAUAGAAAGGGGCCCAGGUCACCCCCAUGAACUGGAAAGUGAACUAUGAGUGACAGAUUGUGUCUCGGCGACAGAUUCACUCAAUUGCAGGCCGUUCAUUUUCUCAACCUUGACCUGCUCUCACCUGCUGCAUUCAGCAUGGAGAAUAACAAUAUGGACUUACCUUGCAGGGUUGUAAGGAUGACUGAGAAGUGCUUUGAACACAAUAUAAAGCUAAGUGGCUUAAUUUAGCUGCUCAGAAAUGUUUUUCUGCCCAGACUGGGUUAGGUUCUAACCUUCUUCCUUCACAGCCUGCUUCCAGUUGUCUAAUCCUCCUGUCAAGGAAGGAAUCAAGAGUGCCGUGGACCAAUUCUACAUACUAAACCAAUGUAGUGGAGAAAUCAUACAGUGAGCAGCACUUUGAAACGUAAGACGAGUGUCAAAACAUUAUAUGCUGGGCUGCAUGUCUCUGACUAUGCUGCGCAAAUGCAGAAUGUUCUGGGAAUAGGCAUCCUGAGAAUCUAAGGUUCCAUUUAAAAAUGACCAAGUUUCUAGCCCUUCAGGUUGGAAUUUGUGUAAGUAGAGUAAAAUUUCAGGGGGCGGGUUUCCAGUAUUUGGGGCUGGGACUCUAGCAGCUCUUUGCCCCUCCCCCUUGACUUGUAGAGAUGAACCUAGGCUGCUUUCACACUGCACUUUAUUCUGUUCUUCUGAUGGUUUCUUACCUGGUAAUUUGCACAUUAUAUUUGAUCUUUCACACGACGUACAAGCUAGUUCUGGAAUUCUAGUGGAAUAUAGUGCAAGUUUAGCGCAAAUUUUUGUGAUAAAUGAUACCAGAAAUAAUUCGAUGCAAGCUUGAGAAGCUGGUACAGAGGCUUUUCACUAGUUGCAGCUGCUCACGUGACAGGCAUCCCAGCAUGCAAUGUGUUCCUGCCCUUUAGAUGCACCUUUUUUUUUUGCCUGACAGAAAUUGUACUGGUAUUCCAUCGUAGGCACGGGUAGUAGUAGCAUUUCCCACACACUCCCCUGUGUCUAUACUAUAUAUAUAUAUAUAUAUAUAAAAUGACGGACGCUAAAGGGAGAGGAGUUGCAUGGUAACGGGACAAGAUCUUAGACCUCCUACACAGUGGGGAACUACAAUGCAUAUGUGUAUAACAGCUGAGGGACUAAAGCAAGACAACAUUCAUUGCAGCUGUGUGAAAGACAGUUGUGCGAAAUGCUGGUAGAUCGACUGAAAAAGCUACUGUUCCUUAAUGCAACAGGUACUGCAAGUGUGAAAGGAAUUUUCAAAGUGGGGACAGAAGCACUACCAUUUUAAUCUGUUAAACUAGACACUAGAGCAAUAAGCCCCACGUCUGAAAGCAGCCACAAUUACACAGGCCAGGAAGGGUUUGCAAGCUUUAGCUGGACUUAAUUGGAAACUCAGUCAACUGAAACUUAAUUAACCACCAGGUGCCAAUGUUUGUCAGUUACAGACAAAUUUGAAUUGGCAGGCUACUAGUUAAAGGUGCAGUUGUUUGGGGGGGGGGGUUGGAAGCAAUUUUGAUUCUGGUGUAUUACUGUGUCAGUGAAUGGAAAAUAAA